CUCUGUUCUUUAGAUCAGCUAGUACGUUCGUAAUGCUUUGAAAGUAAACACGCUGUCGCCGAUUUCGCGAUUUUUCCUUCAAAUAUCAAUUUUUUGUAAUUUUUUCGGUGGUGUCGGGCCGAGAGAGGUUUCCUAGAGCCACAGUGAAAAUUUCGUGGAAAUCCGACGAUUCUAACCUAGUGAAAUCCGAAGGUGAAUCCCGAAAAUAUUUUAACAUUAAUCUGUGUAUGUAGGCGAUACAGCGUUGUCGGAUCUCGCGCCACUAGACGUUGCCGCUACGAUUUUUUAACGUCAUGCUAUCUUGCGUCGUGAUAUAGCGAGUGUCUGAGACAGUUGAAUGCGCAACUUGGAGGUGAUCUAAAUCAAUCAUGGAGUGUCCAUCGAGAAAAAAACACUGCGUGCGAGACCUAAAUGAGUUCUUCACAUGCAAAUUGUGCCACGGAUAUCUUGUGGACGCUACAACCCUAGUGGACUGUUUGCAUACGUUUUGUCGAGGAUGCAUCCUGCGUCAUUUUGAAAAUAGCAAAGCCCAGACCCAGUGUCCAGUUUGUCCUGCGUUGUACAAGAAAAAGUCGCAAUGUUUUCGAUCUGACAAGCAACUUCAAGCCCUCGUAUACAAAUCAGUCCCUUCGUUAUAUCUAAAAGAAACCCAACGGAGGGAUGAUUUUUAUAGAAGCACCGGGAUUAGGGCUGGAAGCUCUUGCAGCGAUGACAGCGUCAUCGACAAGGAAAGGGAUAUGAUACACGCAACGGAGGAAAUGUCCUCUCAGUCCGUUGGUGACAAAUCCCAUCAAUACUUCAAUCAAGACGACUCAAUUUCUCUGUCACUAGAGUACUAUCAAGCGACUCUAGACACCACAGACACAAAAAAGUGUACAAGUGAUCAAUUAAACGCUCGUAAUAACGGACAAUGUAAUAAUAAUAUUAAUAGUGAUAAGUCUAGUAGUGAUAAACCGCGAGUAUGUGAUAAAAGGUAUUUGCAAUGUCCUGCAGGUGUCAAUAUGAAACAUUUGCAGAAAUUUGUAAGAAUGAAGUAUGGACUUAGUGCAGAUCAUAGGGUUGAUAUCAUCUAUAAAGGAGAAGUCCUUCCCAACGAUUUUAGUCUCAUGGACGUGGCCUAUACUUUCAAAUGGGAAAAGAAAAAGCCGCUGCGGUUCUUCUACAGAAUCUUCACUCCGUUGAAAAUUCAGCCAAUCAAAAUCGUCAACACACCUACUGCCACUGGCGGCAAACAAUUACAAAUUGUUCCUGUUACUAACGUACAACCGAUUUUAAAAUCGCCAACACCAAUAAUCGAUAUAAAAGAAACUGAAAGCGAGCAGCUUGAUAAAGAAACAUUGAUGGCCAAUUUACAACUUCAAAGUAAAUCGAAAGCUAUGCAACUUCAAGCAGCAAAAAAAAUGCAACAAGUACCUGAAAAAAUAGUCAAAGAUUGCAUUUACGAGUACGAAGAACCCGACCAAGAGGAAAUCAAAAGAUUCGCAGAGAAACGCGACAGAGAAUGGGCCUUGCAAAAGAAACUUGAAGAAGAAACCAAAGCCGAUCACAGAGAUACUUAUUUUCCAACCAAAAAACGAAAAAAGAGCAAGCAUUCAAAAACCGACUCCAACGGCCAUAAAGAAAAGAAACGGAAACCACACGGUGAUAAAAUCCAUGCUGAAAUCACCAACAAUGACAAAUCCGACUUGAAACUAAAAGUAAAAAUCACCAACGGCCACAAACACAAACAUCAUAAAAUCGAAAAUAACUCUGAAAUUAGCCACAAAGAAAAGCUAUUGCAAAUGAGACAAGUCAGGCAUCAUAAACAUGGAUCUGGAGAUGAAAAACCCAAUCAACCAAUACCAACAAUAAAAUUACCUAAAUCUAUUGUUGAGUCUACCUCAGAAGAACCAGAAGCUAAACGUCGAAAAGAAAAUCCCACCACUAUCAGUGAAAACAACAAUAAACCUUUACCAAUGGAAUCUCAUCAAAAACCAAAACCAAGAAUCGAACCGAUGAUAAUUAAACCAGAGACCAAACCAAUCCCAAGUGUAUCAAGGCCCAUGCCUCAACUACCCUCGAAAGUAGCCAAAAAAGAAGCUACAGUUAAGCCAGUUUUUGAGCUUAAUCAGAAGACAUUUCUUAAGACUGCUGGAGCUAAUACCGACAAAUACUCCAAAGAUCAGAAAAUCGGCCAGGGCAAAGUGGAAAACAAUAAAACUUCAAUGAGCAACAAAGUGCUUCCAAUUGGAAGCAUUACAACCAACAAUAAAAUGCUCGAUAGGAAAAUUGCUAACUUACAACAAAGGUGUACGAUUGAACCUAAAAAUCCAGCUAUUAAUGGAAAAAUUACCAAUAAUGAAAAAAGUAAACUUAUAAAUCCUAAAUAUCCUCCUGGGUUCACUGUGAGUAAAAUUGAAAGUGGUGUUAAAAGGCCAGCGUCACAAGACGAUGCAGAACAAGACAAAAGACCAAGUCUUGAAAUUACUUUAAUCCCUCCUGCAUCAACAAAAACAAGCGAAGCUAAGGUGGUAAACAAACGACCACCUCCAGGAACAAUACCUUUGGAACGAAUCAAAAAUGCUGUUAACCUUAAAUCAGGCAUAAGCAUUAUUCCUAAAAUGCCCAGUCACGACAAUAAUACCAAAACUGAUAAUAAUGGUGUUCUAGAUUUAUCCAAAACAAAAUCUAUGACUGAAAAUCCGCAAAAAUCAAAAACUGAACCAAUUAACGGACUUAAUUCCAUGAUCAAUAGGCAAAUAAAUAACAUGGCAAGGCCUAUGAGUUCGCCUAGUGGCGAACCUGGUAAAAAUAUGCAACUCUCCAACCUGCAAAUGCUUUCGAAAGUUGCCACAGAACAUCCAACUUUAAAUAAAGGUAAUCCAUCAAACAAUAAAGUUAGGCCUCAGAUGCCAAAUUUGCAAACAAUCAACAAAAUGCCUGGAAUGGCUUCACCAUUAAGAGCGGCAGGUAUGCAACGCAUGCCUCCUAAAUUGAAUGAUAUUCAGCAAAAAUUCAGGCCAAAUAAUCCGCAAAUACGGAACAUGAGGCCAAAUCAAAAUCAAAAUAUUAGGAAUAUUCCUAAUCCUAGUUUGAUGUUGAACAGACAUCAGAAUAUGAACCAAGCUAGAUUGGUCGUGUCAAGCACAAAUAAUUCAGCCGAAAAUACUGCUAAAAAAGUGUCUACUCCUAAAUCUUCUCCAGUAUCAUCAGGGCCAUCCCCAGUGACUUCGACCACAACAACUGUUAAUAAUAAAGAGGUUCAGUCAUCGGGUAAAGCCGUGAUACUAGAGCAAAAAGUGGCCGAGGCUAAGGAUAUUUCUGUGUAAAAUUUAUGGUGUAAACAUAGACACUACAGAAGAUGUAAUGUAUUUGUAGUCUGAUGCUGAAACUUCUGGUGUAGGUAAUAAAGAAGAUUCUCGUAAGUAACUUCACAUAAACUUACUAGUAGAUUAAAUUAUAAAAUGUGAUAAUAAAUUUAAGAUAGAGGCUUUCAAAAAAAAAAUGAAAAUGUAAAUAAAAAAAUAAAAAAUAAUAUACAAACAUAAUUAUUAUUAUUGCUUUAAAUGUUUAUAUGUUAUAGUAAUUACAAGCAUUUAAGUUCCUGAUUUCACAGACAUUAAUACCUAUGACUAUUGAUUAUUUUUCUCAUUGUUAAUGUUAUCUUUUUUUUUUAAAUAAUAUUUGUUGUACAUUUUGUUAUAUUUUAUUAAUAUCUUUUUAUCUUUUGAUUCUCGCGGCAUUUUUGUUUUGAUAAGGAUACCUCACUAUUAAUAAUUUUGUAAAUAAUUUUAAAAUUAUAAUGUAUUAAUAUUUUGUAUAUAUUUGUUAUAAACAUAAUUAUUAUCGUGGUUUUAGAUGCACUUUUAAUUGUCUUUUGAAGAUUUUAAGUUUAAUUUCAAUUUCGUAUAGGUACUGAUAUCUAGCAUGUUCCCAGUGUAAACUUACCAUCACUGAUUAUAGUUGUAGAAUUAUAAUUAAGAUAAGGUAAUUAAGUGUAAUUGUAGGAAUUUUAUCUGUAUAUUAUUUGUUCUCUAAAACAACCGUCAUAAAUGGUGUAAUUUUUGUGUAGAGAGUAUUGUGUAUUAUUAAAAAGUAAUAUUUGAA